GUGGUAGCUUAAUUGAUUGAUUAUCUAAAAUUUUUACGGUGUAUGAUUUAAUUGCUGAAUCGUCCUUUAGAAUUAUCAAAAUUAACAUUUGAUACCACAUAUAGAGGGGGGUAAGAGAGAGGGGAUACAGAUAAUAAGCAUUUUGGAAAUUUGGGGUUUUUUUUUGGUUGUGUUUUUGUUGAAUUGCAUGUUUGUUGAGAUAAUUAAGCGAAUGGUAUCGUGGAUAAAGGAUAAAGUUGAUGCUUAAUCGAUCGGUUUUUCGUUGUCGGCGAUGUCUAAGCAUAAGGAAAGAAGUUUGAAUGAGUUAUACAAUGUGACUUUCACUCUUUCUAAACCCAAGAUUACUCCUCUAUUGAGGGGAAGCCAUCGGAUGCAAGGGCCGUUUGUUGAACCUAUCUGUAGCUUCCAGACGAAUACGGUGUCAACUGUAAUCAAUAAGGAAUCUAUCCCGUGUACUCAGAAUCAGACUGUCGGUGGAAGACUAGUCGCUGGAUCGUGUAACGUGUGCUCCACUCCUUGCUCUUCUUGUUUUCCUGCUAGUCAAAGUCUCAUGGAGUCAAAAGUUGAUGAAUUAUCUGGGGAAACAGUUACUUCAGAUGGUGCAGUGCUUGCGGAGUUAAAGGAUCCCAAAUCUUUUGAAGGCCUUGAUGACAACAUGUCGUGUAUCGUUGGAGGCGAUGAAGCUAAUAAAUUCUCCAGCUUCAGUAAGAUGAGUGAAGACAAAUCAAAUCUUCAGUGUUCUUCUACUUCUACUGGGAAGACUAUAAAUAAUCAAACUUCUGCUGGAUGUGCACACGUGAAAGUUGAGGCUGAUGAGGGUAGUCCAAUUGACCAUAGUAGGCAGAAUGAAAGCAGUGGGGAAGAAAAUAAUAAGGCUCCUACUGAGGCAACCUCUUCAAGAAAUGUACAUAGUACGGGAGACUGUUUGGAAAAUAACCAUUCAUCAUUAAAGAAUGACGUGACAUCUGAAGCUUCUGAUGAUCUACCUGCUGAUACUUGUCCUGAGAAGAAUGACCAAAAGAAUGUUGGAUCACCUGUGUCCUCUGAUACAAAGAAUGCCUUACAAUCACAUCAAAUGGAUGAGAGUGAGGAAUCCGACGUUGAGGAGCUAGAUGUGAAAGUUUGUGAUAUAUGUGGAGAUGCUGGUCGGGAGGAUUUACUUGCCAUAUGUUGUAAAUGUACAGAUGGUGCAGAACAUACUUAUUGCAUGCGAGAAAUGUUACAAAAAGUUCCAGAGGGUGAUUGGAUGUGCGAGGAAUGCAAAUUUGAUGAGGAAAUGAGAAAUCGGAAAGAAGAUAGAUCUGUGAAGUUUGAUGGAAAUGGAAAAAGUUAUCCUACUGGUCAAAAAAUUGCAGUUGGCAGUACAGGCCUUACCAUAAAAACGGAAUCAAAGCCUCCUGAUUUUGACGGUGACAUAGCUUCUGACCCUAAAACUCCUGGCAAGAGGCGCAUGGAUGAUACUGAAGUUUAUUCUGCAGCAAAGAAGCAGGCUCUUGAACCAGUUCCGGCAUCACCCAAAACACUGAGUCCCAAUAAACUUCCUGCCCUUUCUCGUGAAAGUUCAUUUAAAAACUCAGAUAAGGGGAAGUUGAAAUCUGCAAAUCAGAUUUCUUCUGGAGGUCUUUCUGUUCAUGAUACGCCAGCUUGGGGGUCACGACUACAAACUUCUAGAGGUACUUUUUCCAAGUCUAAUUCUUUCAGUUCCCUGGCUGCAAAACGAAAAGUGCUACUUGUAGAUGAAGGUUUUCUGCCGAAGCAGAAAUUGGUCAGAGAGUCCACUGGUCUUGAUGUGAAAGAGAGUUCUACUCGAUCAAUGAACAAAUCUAUGUCAUUUAGAUCGAUAAGCACUAGCCGCAACAAUGUCUCUGAAUCAAAAGUUAAGAUGUUAUCCCCUAAGUUUCCCCCUGCUCAGGACAAAGGACAAAUGCAGACAAAAGAACGAAAUCAAUUUGAAAGGAAGAAUUCUUUUAGAUCAGAGCGUUCUCCCGGUACUUCUGUUCCUUCUAGAACCGAUCAAAGAUCAGCAUUUCGAGGUGACCCUUCACCACUUCCUUCCUCAAGUAAUAUCCGUGAUUCGCGAACAGGUCAGCUUGACAGCAAACCUAUGUCACUAUUGAAAUCUUCUGGUGCCGUUGCUCGUAGGACACAAGAUAUAUCUGUUCAUUCAGAUGAAGCUAAGAAGAAAACAUCUCACACAUCCAUGUCCACAGGAGCUCCUGCUGCCAAUAAAAUUAGUAGCUCUGAUCAGCGACCUGACCAGAGUAGUGCAAGAGAUGAUUCUUUGCCGAACUCUUGUAUUGCUGAGAGACCAACAUCUAACACUGGUGAAGGUCCGUCUGAUGGGCUGCCCCAGCCGAGUGAAUCAAAAUAUGUUGGUGAGAGGAUAAAGGAGAGUUCUGGGAGACGCUUAAAACACACUGGAACUGGUACUAAGUCACUCUUCUGCCAGAAGUGUAAAGGAAGCGGUCACUUGACAGAUGGUUGCACUGUUGAUGUGUCUGAAUUAUUUGCUUCUGAUGUUUCUGCUGUAAGAAAUUCUAGAGAGGCCCCAAAUGGCACGAGCAAUCUUAAAGCUGCAAUUGAGGCGGCUAUGCUAAAGAAGCCUGGAGUAUGCUGGAAGAAUAGGGUUGUUGAUCAAUCUGAUGAUUUAGCUGUGUCAAACACAAAUGCUGAAACAACAGCUCCGGAUCCAUUAUGUGGUUCAAGUAGCAGAAGAAUGUUGUCAUCCAACGAGGAUGGCCAUGGGGUGCCAUUGAACUCUAUUACUGGCUCUCAUAAACAGGAAAUCGGUAGCUUGAGGCAGCUGUCAGUGCUUCCUGCUGAAGCCCUUACCGGAGCAGGGAAUCUGGUGCCUAUUCUUCUGUCUGAUGGAAAAUCUUCACUUGUUGAUUUACAUAGAUAUUCACAAGCGGCAAUAUCGAUACUUUCGAAGACAGCAUUUCCAGAGCAUGAAUAUAUAUGGCAGGGUGCUUUUGAGGUUCAGAAGAGUGGAAGAACUCUUGACUUAUGUGAUGGAAUUCAGGCUCAUUUAUCAAGUUGUGCAUCACCCAACGUUCUUGACGCAGUACACAAAUUUCCUCAAAAGGUCCUCUUUAAUGAGGUAUCACGAUUGAGUACUUGGCCAAUACAAUUUCAGGAGUAUGGUGUUAAAGAAGAUAAUAUUGCACUGUUCUUUUUUGCUCAAGAUAUUGGAAGCUAUGAGAGAUGCUACAAAAUUUUGCUGGAGAAUAUGAUUAGGAACGACACGGCUCUCAAAGCGAAUCUUCAAGGUGUUGAACUUCUGAUAUUCCCAUCUAACCGACUUCCUGAAAAAUUUCAACGGUGGAAUAUGAUGUUCUUCCUAUGGGGUGUCUUUAGAGUGAAGAAGGUGCAGGCAACAACAACUGGAAAGCCAUCUCUUGUACCCCAAGAUACUCCAAAAUUAAUCACGCCUUUUCCGGAGAAUAUACAUUGUCUCGGACCUGUAGACAAUGUUACAAGUGGUAAUGUUCCUAUGGAUGUUGAGGUAACUGCUCCAAAGAAGUCUAGCUGUCCAUUAGUUAAUGGAAAUGUUGAUUCUAUAGCGGCCCAAGUAUGUAAAGGUGACUCUGCAGACACAAAUGUGGAGCAUCUGGAGCCUAGAUCCAUGAGUUCUGUACCGGUCAGCCACAUGGAUGUUGCCCCAGAGAGGAGACAGUUUGGCAUUUUCCAGGUGGUUGGAGAUGCUGGACGUGAAUGCAAAGUGGAAGUGCCAAGUAAUUCUGCACCAGCUGCCAAUUCUCAGCCAUCCCGCUCUGUUAAUGAAGCUGCAGGUCAUAUGCAGGAGAAAACUUCUGUGGGCAGCAUGGAGAAAGGCUUCAGUAGCACAAAUGGUAGGAAAUUUGAGAUAAAUCUGGAAGAUGAAUAUAAAGAUGAAGAGGCAUCUGAAACGAGUGGAAGUGCAGCUACGGAACCGACACGGAAGGCGCUCAAUAAUGAUGUGUCGAACCACCUGAAACGUCCACGUUCAGUGGACACCGUGAUGCCAUAUGCUGACUCUGGAGUUAAUCGAGCAACUCGACUUUUUAAUGAUAAUGACCUAGUUGAAGAGGCACACCAUGACAAAAAGUUGAAGACUAGUAUUGGUGGAUCUUAUGGUAAUAGCGAGCAAACUAGUUGUUCCAGUGAUGAUUUUUUGUCACGGAUGCGUGGUUCCUCUUAUGGACCCUACCUUCCGGAUACUGGGUAUGAUGAAGUUCUGAGUAAGGCACCUGUUCCGGAGUGCACAGAGAGUGCUGAAAGAUAUUUCUUCCCUGUUGAUCCAAAUCCUGGUAAGGCUAGCUCAACGCCUUGGCAAAUGCAUCAUCCAGACAAUGAUCGGCAUAGUGAUAGAGUCCCGAAUCUUGAGCUAGCAUUAGGUGGUGAGUCAAAUUCACAGACUCGGGGAAUCCCACCCUUUUUAGUUGGGAAAGUAGACAAGAAAAUCAUUCAGCUCCAAGGUGGUGAGACACAAUCGCUGACUCAGGGCAUCCCACCCUUUUUAGUUGGGAAAGUAGACAAGAAAAUCAUUCAGGACCAGGGUGGUGAGACACAUCCGCCAACACCGGGAAUCCCACCCUUUUUAGUUGGGAAAGUAGACAAGAGAAUCAUUAAGGACCAUGGCGGUGAGACACAUCCGGCAACUCCAGGAAUCCCAUCCUUUUUAGUCGGGAAAGUAGACAAGAAAGUGAGUCAGGACCAUUCUUCAGCUAAGGAAGCAGUUGGAGUGGAGGAGGUAGAGGAUGUCUCUGCUUCUCUCUCCCUUUCUCUUUCAUUUCCUUUCCCGGAAAAGGAACAACAGAAAGGUUCUGUUUCACAAACUGAGCAGGCAAUAUCUGAAACAAGACGCGGUAAUACACCUCUCCUCUUCUUUGGGGGACUCGGCAACAAGUAGGGCGAUCUUGCCAAUAAUGGUGUACAUUUUAGUUUAUUCACAUGGAUGCGGUAGGUUUACAGCAUGUUGAUAAGGAUACAGGGGUUAUAAUUUUGUUAGGUGUUUGCAGUCAAUUUCUCUUUUUAGUUUGCAAGUGCAGAGUGACGGCCCUUUUGUAUAUAUAAAGAGAGUAUUAGCCGUUGCGGGCUCUGGUACCAUAGAAAAAAAUUAACAUUUAUGCGUCAGUUAAUUCUCCUUUUAAAUAUUAGUUAUCCCUCAGUUAA